AAAGUCAUAUAUGCAUUAUUAGCAUUCUCAAUAUAGUGUUACGGCUAGCAUUCUGGUUGCCAUGGUUUCCCUUUGUCCCGUGUUAGCCACUGAGACCGAUGACCCCUAUAGAUUUUCCAUUUAAGGAGGCUUUGGUGUCCACUGGCCUCUUUCUCCUCCCCUUUUGUCCAGGCCACCCACAGGACUGACCACUCUACUACAAUUAUCCAUCUUGCUUUUAGGCACCCUGUAGUAAUCAAUGGUUUAUAAAUCAUGCAGUAGAAAUAUGCAUGGUUGCUCAAAGUCCGUCCAGGAUUAGCUGAUUUUUUUUGACAGUCUCUAUAUAGACCAGGUGAACGGAGGCCCCUGACUGAAAGCUUGAAAGUUUAAUGAUACAGGGCUAAGCGAGCGUAGAAAUGAAGGAGCUCACCUGUUUGUGGGUUAUGAGUACACAAGUUUAGUGUUACCGCGUUUCUCAAUGUGAUUAGCAAACCAGUUUUAUGUUUCACUUCUGGUUUCUGUUCAAAUGAUGGGGGCUUAAGUUACAGUACAAGGGAUCAUUGAAGGACACUCAAAACUGUAUUAGAAAGUAUGUUAUAUCUGACAGAGCAUGUUGUUGUUUUUGAUGCUUUAACCUAAUCUUCCUCAUUGACAGUGACCUGAGUCUGUCUGUGCACAGUCUCUCCACGCGCCCACCACUCCAACUGCCAAGAUGCCCAACACAAUGUGUAAUGUCCAAGGAGCCCAGUUCCAACCUGGAGAGUGCCAUGCAAAUGCUCAUCAAGACCUUCCACAAGUAUUCAGGAAAAGAGGGUGACAAGUACACACUGAGCAGAGGAGAGCUGAAGGAGCUGCUAAUAGAGGAGCUGGGGAGUUACUUAGGGAACUCCAAAGAUAACGAAGCUGUGGAGAAGGUCAUGAACGAUCUAGACGCCAACAACGAUGGAGAGGUGGACUUCACCGAGUUCAUCAUCCUCAUGGGGGCGCUCACAGUCGCCUGCAACGACUUCUUCCUCGAGUACAAGACAGACGAAAAGCCCAAAGAGGAGAAGAAAGAAUGAAGGAUACAUUUGCAUGAGGAGAUGUGUGGGAGAGGAGCAAGUAUUGUAAAUUACAGGGAAAGGUUCACUAUUGUCUUAUGCAAUUUGUAAAGUACACACAGUUACUUGCAUUGCUGAACAGGGCAGUGUCCAAGUAGAGUUUUUCUUGGAGCAAUGCAAGUUUGUUUUUCUUUCUUGUUUUUCAUACCAAAGCAUGUCAAGAGCACUGUCUCAAUACUACCAGUAGGAUCCUCUCUCCUUUUCUCCAAAUGAUGUGACACUUUCUGGUAUGUUUUGAAUGAGGCAGUGGAAACAGGAAGUCGAGGAUGUUUGAGAAUUCUUGCACGUGAAUUUGUUAUUAUACCAAGUUAGUUCUAGUAUAUUCAUGUAUGUACUCAAAAGUGUUUAAGAAAGACGUGAUGUAUCUGCUUUCUUUUGUAAUCUAUUUUGGUAAUAAUAACCUUAAUGCACUCUGCAAAAAUA